AUGCUUGUAUAACCUCAAAUAAAUGCGUAAUAAGGUUCUUCCUCAAGAUCUAUGUCUAUUUCAAUGGAUGAAUCCAUAUAUACAUAAAUCCAACCAAUAGUUUAAAAAAUGACUGUUGUCAAUUAACAUUAACUAUAAGUCAGAAAGCCAUCUGAUGCUGCCUAAGAAAUGAUCCGAUCACCUCCAACUACAAGUGUAACACCUUAAAUUGCAUCAGAUAGACCACCUUAAAAUGAGAUCAAGGAUUUACUUCUGAUUAAUGAAGAACCUAGCAAUAAAGAGCAAUCUAUUUAAAUAAGUGACUGUUGUAAGAAAACUCAUAAAGCUUCAAAGAAUAAUUUAAGUUAAUAAAGCAUAUUAAUUGAUGAAAAACCUUAGAAUUCAUAUAGUGAUGUUCAAUGGAGUAGAUUAAUGUCAUUAAAAACUGUAAAUACUCAUCCAUCCUUUUAACUAAACAUUUUAUGUGAUAAGGCUGCUGAAUUUGAUUAGAAUAAUUCAAUAAAUAAGUGUUUCCAACCUAAAAAAUAAAAUCUAUAUUAUCAUACUAGUAAUGUUAUAUAUUGUAUGUAUUUGUGUUUCUUUAUAACUUAAAUGUUGAUUAAUUUAUAAGAUAGUUUAUAAGGAUAACAUAUUUAUUAGAUUUUAUUAAUUGUCUUUUAAGUAAUAUACUCAUUCAAUCAAAUUAUAUUUGUAUAGUAUGAAAAUGGUGAAAUAAUCAAUAAUAUUCAAUAAUUAACAUAAAUGUAUUUUAAAAAGUAAUCAAUUUUUGAUAUAAUUGCCUUGAUUCCUGUAAUUUUUGUAUUAGCAUCUGAGUAAAUGCAUUUCAUAUAGCUUUUGCAUAUUGUAAGAUUAUUGAAAUUAAGAUAAUUAAUGAAAGACUUUUAAUUAAUAUAUGGUAAGAUUGUAUAAUAUAUUUAUUAUAUUUUGGAAUUUCACUUUGUCUAAUUUAUUGCAUUGACUAUCCUUCAAUUCAAUCAUAAUAAAUAAUAACUUAACUUUUAUGAUGAAUUCAUUGUAUUUUUAUAUAAAUCAAAUGAAAGCAAUGCAAUAACUUAUCUUAUAAGACUUUUUAUAUUAAUUUAUUAUUGCUAUUGUAUUUUUAGAUUUACUAUUAAAGAAAAUCUUGAAUUACAUAAAUUAUCAAUAUCAUAUGAUACAAAAUAAUAAAUAAAAGCUUAUAUAAAUAAAUUGAACUCUCAAUAAUCAACGGAUAUGAAUUUUUUAUCUCAUUUACCAUAAACAUAUGUAGAUGAUAUAAAAUUUUAACGUUACUUUCAUUUGCUCUAAAAAAUACCUAUAUUUAAAUGUUCCUUUUCAGAAAAAACUUUAAGAUAAAUAUGCAGUUUAAUUCAAGAGUACACUUAUGUUCCCAAUCAAAUAGUUUUAAUGUAAUAAACAUCUAAUUAAUAAUUGUUCAUAAUCCUAUCAGGGGAAGUGUAAAUAUCAUAAAAAAAAGAAGGAUCUUCUAAUACAGACUUUAAAAUAAAGAGAAUUGGAAAGGAUUCAAUCUUUAACAAUUAGGCAUUCUUUAAAAAUACAUAUUCCAAUAUUAAUGCAACUUCUAUAGGAUAUUCUUAAAUAGCUCAAUUAGAUUUAGAAUAGUUUUUAGAUUGUAUUAAAUCUCAUUAUUAAGAGAGAUAAAAAUACAAGAUGAUGGCUGAUCAAAUUGUACUUUAUGAAGUUUAUAGUUUAUGUUAAUUGUGUUGUUAUGUAUGUGGUAAAUUUCAUGAUAUUGAUGAAUGUGAUCAUGUACAUUAUGUUCCAAAAAAAUCAAUUAUUGUUUAAUAUAUAUAAUCAAACGACUUAUAAAUUCGUAAAAAUUAUUUCAGAAGUAAAGUUAGACAAAAAUAAAAAAGAUUAAAAUCUAAUAUACUUAAAAUUGAAGAAGCAGCUCUUCUAUAUUAACAAUAAAAUUUUGAGUCAGAUAACACUGAUGAUAAUAAAAAAUAUUAAGAUGAAGUGAUUAGUAUCCAAUAACCUUAUUUAAGAGAAGCUAGCCAUCCUUAUAUAGAGGGAUAAAAUUCUCUUUAAUAAUCCUAAUACACACCUAAGAGAGGAUCCUAAAAUUCAAUUCGUGAUUCAUUGCAUUCUCUUUAACAAUAGUAAUAACAAUAAUAAUAACAAUAACAUUAAUUAAUGGAUAUUCCAAAUAUUAGUCCAGUUUAAUAUGUUCAAUAACCACCUAGUGGAAUAUCUCAUAGUUCUUAUGGUUAAUUAUUUAAGGAUGUUUCAAUUAAUAGAAAGAAUUUUAAUGGAUCUUCAGAUAAAAAUUCUAGUGGUAAUGUGUUUUCUUUACCUUACAGCAGCAAUGGUAGUAAAAAUACUCCUAAUAAUAUUAUUUCUAAAUAAGAGAAAGAUGAAUUAAUUAGUAUUUAAAUGAAAAAAGCCAAAUUGCAAGAUAGUGUAUAUUAUCAUUAAAAGAGAAUUCAGAAUCAAAUGGAUAAUUGCAGUUAAAAUACACUUUCAAAAUACUAAAAAUAUCACACAACUUAACCCUAAUAAUAAUAGACCAAAUCUAUUCGUUCAGAUAGAAAAUCUAAUUCUUGUAUUUCUGAAUCUGAAAAAGGGGAAUAUCAAGUAUAAUAACAAUAAGAUGUAUAACCAUCAAAAUAUGGUAUUCAAUCAUCCAAAUUUACAGGAGAAACAGCUAAAUAAUUUAUGAGAAACCCUUUAGAAAUGCCUAAUCUGGAAUUUUAUUAGUCUUUUGAGAAGAGUAAUCAAUUCAGUGAUUAUUUUCCUCAAUAUAAUAUAGAUUAAGCAAUAGAGAGCUAUAAACAUUAUUAACAAUCUAGAUCUAGUGCAAAUAAAUGA